GCCUGAAGGCUUUUUAAACUUUCGAGCUUCGCCUCCCUCCCUUGCGUCAUGGAAAAGGCUGGAGUGUGAGAGAAACCCAGCUGUGGAGCGGGGGAGAGGCAUCCAGGGGUACGUGGGAGGCAGAGGAAACAGGGAAAUGGUGAGCCCCCAGGCUACAACACGCAACUCCCCAAAACUUACUAGAGGCACCCCAAAACAGCAGGCGCAGGAAGGAAUCAACAAGGAAAACUGAGCGGGCCCUUGGAGCGCAGAGCCGGGAGGAGGAGCCCAGAGACUGGGGCUUCUCCUGCAUAAGCGCCCUGCGCAAGAACGGCGGAGGCCGGGAUCAUCUUUACGCGCAGAGCUCUGGCUGGAGCAGAUCCUGGCCGGCGGCUCGGCAAGAUGGAGUGAAGGGAGGCGAGCUCUGCUGGAGGUGACCGGUCCUUGCCCCCAGAGAAGGGGGUCUGAAGGGGCACGUGUAGGUAUCUGGGCCUCCAGGUCUCCCUGCAAGCCGCAGCAGCUAGGACUGGGGCCAGAGCACAGAUCUUUUCGCCCAGCACAGCCUGGAGAAGUGUGUCUGCUGGCUUCAUCCCUCUCGCCAAACGGAAGUGCCUCUGUUUUGCUGAAUUCUUCGGGCAGCUUUCCCCCCCUCCUCGCUUCACCCCCGGACACAAGAAAACGGAAUCGUAUCCCCACCCCACUCCCCUGCAAUCACUGGGAAUUGGGAAACUUCAUUGUUGCACCCCAAAAUCUGCAGGGAGUGCUCCGAAGGAGGGAUCCAGUGGAUCGCUGCUUCCCUUGCCUGACGCUUUGGCUUUUCAUCCUGGAAACACUGCAGCGUUUGGAAGGAACUUCGGUGGGUUUUGUGUGCAGCUUGUUUGAAGAGAAGGGAAUUUGCCACAUUUUUGAUGGUUUUUGUUUCCUCUCCAAAGGGCUGGAUCAUUAUUUGCUCUGACUGUAUGAAUUUCAGGGCGCAGAGAGGAGCUGGCCAGGAAAUAAUUCCAGCAAAAGAAACCCCUUUGCCAAACAGUUUUCAGACGGAAUCAGUGGAUCUGACUCUCAAAUCUUUCAGCCCUCAUCAGGGGCUUGUCUAACUUUGUGUCGGUGGGUGAGUGGCAAAUCCUUCGCUUUUCACUUGGCACUUGCCAAUUUGGGUUGUAAAAGUGAUUUAAAUAUUCCCUAUCCCUGAAGAGGUCAGUUACUUCUCUUUUGGUCUCCGUUUUUAAACUUCGCGUGAACUUUUAACAUCUUGAAGAGGGUGGGUUUUUUUUAGGCGACUGUGUUAUUGCUGUGUGAGAGGCGUGACACAUUCAAUCUUGGAUUGCUUUUUAGCUCUUUCGUUUCCUCCACCCCCUUGGAGGUUUGAGGAUUUCCAAAAAUCAUCCCCAUAAGGAAUUGCAAAAUAUUUGUGUUGGGAUCAUUUAAGGUUGUGCGUUUGUUUUGUUUUGCCUUUUUUUAAAGGUAUUUUUCAAGCACUGUGAUUCUGAAUUGCACUGGAUAUGCUUUUUGGAAGAUGGGCCAAGAUUUAGAAUUUUGUUCUUAAUCCUUUAAAAAAAAAAAAAAAAAAGAAUUCCAGAAAAAAAAAAGAAGAAGGGAUUUUUGAUUUCUUGCGUUUGAUCAAGAUUAUUUGGGGAAUAUUUUUAAUGUAAAUUCAAACAGGAAAGGUGGACAGCGCAGGGACAGACUGACAGCUAGGUAAAAUCUACAUGGAGCUGACAACUUUAUGGAUAUGUGUCCAUCUGACUGAGGCCUAUAUCACCUAAAUGGAGGGUGCAAAACAUGUUUGAUUGCCCUAGGAAUGCCAUUUUUAACCGAUGAAUUUAGACUGCAAUGUGAAUGUAUAGGCCUUGAAGUUAAAAAAAAAAAACAGAAAAAAUAUAAACAUAUAUAUUUUUGUUACUUUGAGGUGAAUUCAACUAAACUUUUUUUCCAUAUCACUAUUACAGAUUAUAAACCAGUGUUUUACAGAUUAUAAACGGGUGUCUCUGGCUGUUGAAACAUCUGAGGUGUUAGUUUAGUGGUGGUGCUGGGGGGGUGUCAAGUUAUACAGUCCUCCAGGGAGCAGUCAUGGCGUUGAAAGCCAGAGCACUUUACAACUUCCAGAGUGAAAACAAAGAAGAGAUCAGCAUCCAGGAGAAUGAGGAGCUGGUGAUCUUCAGCGAAAACUCCCUGGACGGGUGGCUGCAGGGCAAGAACAGCCGAGGAGAAACUGGCAUCUUCCCUGCCUCUUACGUUGAGAUCCUCAGGUCCCGAUCGAGCUCUGGUUAUACAGACUAUUCAAAUAGUCCAGCCAGCUCCCCUGGGAAUGAGUCCUUCUACGUGCGCCCUUCCAACACCAACACCUCCCACCAGGGCAGCUUUGAGGAUGAUGAUGAUGAUGACUGGGACGACUGGGACGAUGGCUGCACAGUGGUAGAAGAGCCGCGGGGGAGCCCUGGCACCAAUGGGCACCCCUCCCCUAACCUGCAGUACCCUGCAGCAUACCCCAACCAGAAUGCUGGCUAUCGUCCCAAGCCAGCCUUGGAGAGGCAGGACAGCAUCAGUUCCUCCAAGAGGGGCAGCGUGGUGGGGCGGAACCUCAACCGCUUCUCCUGUUUCGUCCGCUCUGGGGUGGAGGCCUUUAUCCUGGGAGAUGUGCCCAUGAUGUCCAAGAUUGCUGAGACCUACUCCAUUGAGAUGGGUCCCAAGGGCCCCCAGUGGAGGGCCAACCCGCACCCUUUCAUCUGCUCUGUGGAGGAGCCCACCAAGCAAACAAAAUUCAAGGGCAUCAAGAGCUACAUCUCCUACAAGCUGACCCCUAGCGGCAUCAAUGCACCUGUCUAUCGGCGGUACAAACACUUUGACUGGCUGUACAACCGCCUACUGAAUAAGUUCACAGUGAUCUCGGUUCCCCACCUGCCCGAGAAGCAGGCCACUGGGCGCUUCGAGGAGGACUUCAUCGAGAAGCGCAAGCGGAGGCUGAUCUUGUGGAUGGACCACAUGACCAGCCACCCUGUGCUGUCCCAGUAUGAGGGCUUCCAGCACUUCCUCACUUGCCGCGAUGACAAACAGUGGAAGAUGGGCAAGCGGCGGGCAGAGAAGGAUGAGAUGGUGGGGGCCAGCUUCCUGCUGACCUUCCAGAUCCCCACAGAGCACCAGGAUCUGCAGGACGUGGAAGACCGGGUGGAUUCGUUCAAGGCCUUCAGCAAGAAGAUGGAUGACAGCGUCUUGCAACUGACCAACGUGGCCUCGGAGCUGGUGCGCAAGCACGUGGGGGGGUUCCGGAAGGAGUUCCAGAAGCUGGGCAACGCUUUCCAAGCCAUCAGCUACUCCUUCCAGAUGGACCCGCCCUACAGUUCGGACACGCUCAACAAUGCCAUCUCGCACACAGGCAAGACGUAUGAGACCGUUGGGGAGAUGUUUGCUGAGCAGCCCAAGAACGACCUUUUCCUCAUGCUGGACACUCUCUCCUUGUACCAAGGGCUCCUCUCCAACUUCCCAGACAUCAUUCACCUUCAGAAAGGAGCCUUUGCCAAGGUGAAGGAGAGCCAGCGGAUGAGUGACGAGGGGAAGAUGGAUCAGGAGGAGGCAGAUGGGAUUCGGAAACGCUGCCGAGUGAUUGGCUUUUCCCUCCAGGCAGAGAUGAACCACUUCCAUGAGCGGCGCAUGGCAGACUUUAAGAAAAUGAUGCAGUCCUACCUGAAACAACAGAUCAUCUUCUACCAGAGAGUCAGCCAGCAGCUGGAAAAGACUUUACGCAUGUAUGACAACCUCUAAUGCCUUCCACACCUGAUGCAUCUGCUUUCCACUGUCCAUCUGGACUCACGUGGUUCGCUCCUUGAAGCCCUGCAGACCUUCCUGUUUUAAGUGGACUGAAAACAAAUGGAAACUCAUGACGCUAGUGACCAAAUUCCAUUUGGCUUUUCCCAAUUUUCCUGGAACUAAUUUGCAGAGAUAUGCAGGAAAUUGUUACACUCGUGUCUUCCGGCUGACCAUUCCACUUCUUUUUCUGAUAGAUGGACGCCCCACUCCCCUUCCGUCUCCCAGAGUUUACAGGCAGGACAUAGGUACUUUUCACAAGCAAAAUGGACACUGACUCUCUAUGAUGCUCACUUUCUUUGCAAUAAGCUUUAGCUUCUGGAAACAUGUUUUCAUAGAGCAGGGAGGUUAAUACACUACAUCUGAAGUAGAGUUGGUCAAAAGUUUACACACAGAAAGCUUUUUGAUGGGGAAAAAAGGCCUUUAUUCAAAACAGGAACUUUUUUUUUAAAUUGUCAUAAUUUUCCAUUUUUUCACAAAAGUUUCUGUGAGAUUUUUUACCAAUAAUUUUUUACUAGGAACCAAUCUGGAAAUUGGGACUGAAAUCUUUAUUGACUAUGUCUGUUUACCAAAAACGUUCCAUAGUGCUUUCAAUAAAAGGUUGAAUAAACAAACAUCGGCAAAACUUUUGUGGAAAAUGGGCCCAUUUCAACCUCCCUGAAAUGGAACCAGUUGUGAAAUUUCCUGCACAACUGUUUUUCCAGCUUUUUGACCAGCUCUAGCAACAAGGUAGUUGGCAUUGGAGUGCUAAUGUUCAGACUGACUCCUGGAAAUUCCACAUGGGCUGUAGCUUGGUCGCCCUACAGUCAUUUUCAACCUUAGGAGUGUAAUAACCCUGGACUGACCUGCUCUCAGAAUAAGAAAGCAACAUAGCAAAUGUCCCAGGAAAGAUCAUUCUGCUUCCAGAACGAGGAAGGUUAUGGAGCCAUCUCAGUGUUGUUUCUACAUGGCUCAGUCCCAAGAGAGAACAGGUGAAUGUUGGGGUAGGACUGCACAUAUGGUACAAAAUAAUGUCCCCUCCCCAAUCCUGUCACUACAGUUUCCCACUCCAGAAUCCACCCAGACUGAGACUCAUCUCACACAGGCUUUACUCUGACAUGCCUUCAAUGGAGUCACCCCUGGUUUACACUGGGGAGAGCAGAAUCAAGCCCACUAUCUCUACGUUGCUGCAUUUUAUGUUAUUGAGUCAGAUUUAAAGCACCAAAAGCAAAGAAUUCUUUAUCGGCCUCGGUAAGAGAGUCUGGGCCAAAUUCUGCCCUUGGUUGCACCAGCAUAAAUUUGGAGUAAUUUAAUUGUAGUCACUGGAUUUAAACUGAUGUAACUGAGAGCUGAAUUUAGACCUGUAUCCCUAUUAUCUUCUGCUCCUGCACCUCCUCUGAGCCCUUCAUCCCCAGCUGCAGUUGCCUUCCCAGCCAUUCAUGCAAGGAUAAAGCUUCCCGAAGUCAGACUGGCCAUGACACCAUCCUCCCUGCCUGUUUCUUACCUCUUCCUCAGCACUAAGGUCUGGGACAUACCCUUAUGGCAUCAAGAUGGCUCCACAAGUCCCUCUUGGUUGUAUGAAACGCAUCAGUCCCUGGUGACUCAAGAUGCCUUAGCUUUCCUUUCCCCAGGGGAACUUUGCAGCUCCUUUCCAGAGAUGCCAGCAGGUGAUGGCCACUUCCCCCCAGCACUGGGCUGCGACACUCCUGCCAGAAGACGAGUCCUGCUGGCCUCACACUUGCAACAGGCCUCAUUCCCACUUAAGAGCAGCAACACUAACCCUGUUAGAUGAGUGCUGGAAGCCGAGGUGCUCAAAUGUUUUGGUGCCAAGGGCCACGCUGGGGACUUGCCUGGAGCCCUAGGCCUGCAUCUCGUCUCAUUUUCCACAUGCUCCCUUUGUAUCGACAAUAAAUGCAAACAACCAUCAUGUUUGCCUGCACUGAUAUCUUCCCUGAGCGAGGGAUAUGAGUAGCUCAUGGGCUGGGUUCACCGGUGCUUGGCUUGGAGCACUGAGAGCGUGUCUAGACUCCAUGAGGCCCGAUAGCUCUGAGGCUGCAGUUUCUACAUCCCCCUGAAUUCAGCUGAUGCUGGAGAGCUUAGUCUGUACAGGCCUCACUAAAGGCUUCAUUUGCAGAGGUGCUGAGUGUCUGCAGCUCUCGCUGAUUUCAACUGGAGCUCCAGCUGCCUAGCUCUUUGGGCAAUCAGGCCUUGAGACCAUAUACAUUUUGCUGUGAAGCCAUUUUCCCAUGUAGCAGAGCACAGGGGUACAAGCACCUCAUCUCCCAGUCAGCGGGGUCCACUUUAUAAGGCACCAAGAGUGUCGAAACCACUCUCUGUGGAGAAGCUGCUACAGUGAUGCCAGCUUCCACCUUCCCUCCCCACAUUCAUUGUGGUAAUAUGGACCCCACAAGGACAUGCAGAGCAGAACUGGCCUGUUCUCUGUCACCUUCCUGGAAAGCUGCAUUUUUCCAUGGCCAAAGAGGUGGUGCAGUUUGGCUCUGAACAGUGGCAACAUUUGCAGCUGAGGAGCUUCCACUAGCAGCUGUCACAGGUUUUCCCCCUCCCCCACUUCUUACAAUUUUUUUCCCUCUGAGUUUCCCUUGUCUUUGAAAUACCCUGGUUGGGGGCGGAGUUAUCCUUUUGCUGGAGGGGUGGAGCAUCGGUGUGGAGCUAACCUUUUGCUGGAGAGGCGGAGCUUGGGGCCAAACAGAAGGAAAGGGGAACUUCAGACCAGCAAAGAAAUGUCCCAUGGGGGGGCAGGGGAUAGUUUUUAAUUUUCUUGUCUGAGCAGCAGAAUUCCAGGAAGCAGGGGCUAUGAGUAGAGCUCUGGUACCUAUUACUUCCAGGGAGAAUCCAUGGACCAUGCGCCACUCCAGAAUAGUGUGUGGCUUAGGAGGAGACAGGAGAGAGCAGUUACCAUGAUGCUGCACUGGGAGGCAGACAGGCCUGGCACGAGGCCCUUGUUUUUAAAGGGAAAUGUCAAGAAUAAAUUACAGCAACGAAGGAAAGUUGGGCCUGCUUGGAGUUAUCCCUGGGUUAAAAAUAGUACUCUGGUCAUGUGGUCCAGCAGCGUAUUGUUAAAACAAUAACAUCCCUGGGAAUCCAGAGGGGCUGCAUCUGGUCCCCAUUUGAACUGAGUUCUGCUGGUUCAUGUUUUUGCAUCCUCUUGACAGUUAGGAUUGAUCCGUAAUUUUCAAUAAAAAUGAACGUCUUG